AUGUCUUCUACUGGGCAAUGCUUCGAUAUUGAUAGUUUCACUAGAAAAUCGUUACUUGAAUUCGAGCGUCGUCAACAAGCGUUUGCUAAAAAGCAUAAAAUUAGUUCGAAUAAUAUCGAUUUUCUGUUAGAUCCACAUCUUCUCAAAGCAUUUGACGUGCGUUGCAGUGAACGUGGCGCAGCUGGUAAUGGAGCACUCAUGCGCUUAGCUCCUGUUCCUCUCUUCUUCUAUCGACAUCCGAGUGUUGCCGUGGAAUUUUCUGGAACUAGUGGUGUCAUUACUCACGGUGAUACAAAAGCCUACGACUCUUGCCGGUAUUAUGGCGCUCUGAUUGUUGCUGCUCUUCAAGGCGAAAUGAAGGAAGAAUUACUAGAUGACGAAUUUUAUUUCAAUCAUAAAUCAUGGUUCAAUAACAAAUCACUUACUUCAGAGGUUAUGAAAGUCGCACAAGGAUCUUACAAAAAGAUUGGUGGAUAUCAUGAUGGCAUUCGAGGUUCAGGAGAUAUUGUUAGUGCUCUUGAAGCUGCACUAUGGGCUUUUUGUUAUGAUGGAAAUUCUUUUGAAAAGGGCGUUCUUGAUGCAGUCAAUCUUGGAGAUGAUACUGAUACAACUGCUGCUAUCUAUGGUCAAUUGGCAGGUGCUUAUUACGGUUAUGAGAAUUUGCCGACAAAAUGGACUUCACAGAUUCAUGCACGGAAUUUUAUAGCAUGUUUAAGCAAAUGGAUCGUUUAUGAAGGAGACUUAUGGCGGUCAAAGCAUCUGAUUAGAAAUCAACCAGUAUCGACUCAUCGAUCUCGUUCAAUUAUUCCUGCAAAACCUAUGAAGAAAUCGAAUAAAAUAUCAAAUAAUAGGCUAGAAUAUGUACAUGGAUCGACUGCUCGAAGAGCAAAGUCAGAUAUGAGUUUAAGGUUUAGAGCAACACCAAGACUGUAUGGCUAUCCUUACGGUCUAAGACCUAGCAUCUAUAGUUUUGAAAACACUGCGUAUAAUAUGUGGAUGCCUUAUAGUUAUGAAAGAUUACUAGGAUAUGGAUCUAGUUAUAUGCUGAGACCCCAUUAUGAUGAUAUGAUAUUCCACAGUGGUAUUUAUAAUAGGAAUAUAAAUGAUGAUAAUAAUAAUUCAUUUUGGGAAAGAAGAUUUACUGCGCACAGAAGAUUUUCAAUCCCGGCCAAAUUACCAACAAAACGGCCACCACUGCCUUUAUUUUUGCCAACCCAUCAUCACUACCGUAUGGCACGAAGGUUUCCUAGAUAUUACUAUGACUUGUUUUAA